UUUUGACCUCUUAACCCUCAUUAUUUUCCAGAUCCCAUGCCUGCUUUGUCCUCAUGGCAGCAGGAGAACGGGGACUCUGACGAUGCGCCCCUCUCCCCACCAGCCGGGCAUCUCAUUCGUCAGCUUCUGGACGAAGAUAGCGACCCCAUGAUCUCUCCUCGGUUCUACUCGUAUGGACAGAGUAGGCAAUACCUGGAUGACACAGAAGUGCCUCCUUCUCCCCCAAAUUCCCACUCUUUCAUGAGGCAACGGAGCUGCUCUCUGGGGUCCUACGAUGACGAACACGAGGACCUGACACCUGCCCAGCUCACACGAAGGAUUCAGAGCCUUAAAAAGAAGAUCCGGAAGUUUGAGGACAGAUUCGAAGAAGAGAGGAAGUACAGAGUAAGUGCCUCCUCUCUCUGAUGUGACAUGCCAACA